CCCGCCUAGUUCAUGUGCUCAUGCACCCGCACAUCAUUAUAAAUACCAGUUUUGCUGUUUACCCGUUCCAACUUCGCCUGGCCCGAGAGGCCGAGAUCAAUACUAGACCUCGACUCGAGUCUCGAGUCACGUUUCCGCCGUUAUCUGCAUCAACGGGGUCAGGCGACUGAACAGUACAGGCCCUUGGCCGCCGCCGCCGCCGCCGCCGUACUCCAGGUGCCCAGGUCUUCGUCCGACCCUUUGCCAGCGACGAGCACCCACCACACCAGGAUUUCAUCAUGGUUGAUUCUGUUCAUGACAAUAUUGUGCUGAACAAGUGUAUCAAGGACAUCCUUGCACUAAUCAAACCAGUAGAGGAUGAUAGAAGCAAGCGGUUAUCCACAAUUCAGGAGCUGGAAAAUUGUAUCCAUUCUCUUGCAUCUCUGUCAGGUGCUGCUGUCAAACCGUUUGGGUCUUUUGUAUCAGAUCUUUACUCAAAAUCAGGUGACUUAGAUUUGUCAGUUCAGUUUGGGAAUGGUUCAAACCACCCAAUAAACAAGAAAAAGAAGCAGAAUGCCUUGAGAGAUGUUAGGAAAGCUUUACUAAGUCGAGGUGUUACUGGAUACAUGCAGAUGCAGUUCAUCCCACAUGCAAGAGUUCCAGUCCUUCAAUAUGUGAGCAAGCAAUUUGGCAUCUCCUGUGAUAUAUCAAUUGGCAACUUUGCUGGUCGAAUUAAGUCCAAAAUCUUCUACUGGGUCAAUACUGUAGAUGAGCGGUUUGGUGAUAUGGUUUUGCUGAUCAAGGAAUGGGCAAAAGCACAAAACAUUAACGAUCCAAAGAGCGGGACCCUCAACUCUUAUUCGCUUUGCCUACUUGUCCUCUAUCAUUUUCAGACAUCUGAGCCACCAAUUCUACCACCUCUGAAUGAGAUUUAUGAAGGGAAUAUUGCAGGAGAUGUUACAGAAGCAGCACUUUUUGAUGAGCAACAUCUUGAUGAGGUUUGUGCUGCAAAUAUAGAAAGAUUUAGACUCCAGAACAAGGGCCGAAGAAAUGAAACUUCAACUUGUCGUCUACUUGGGACUUUUUUUCAGAAGUUUGCUCAUAUCAAUGCCUUAACAGAUAAUGUCAUAUCUACUUACUCGGGCCAGAUUGAGCGAAUCCAGAACAACCCAAGUUGGAUGAGGAAAUCUUACCAUUUAUUUGUAGGAAUGCCUAUGCAUUUGGUUGAAGAUCCUGUAGAGAGACCUGAUAAUGCCGCUAGAGCAGUUAGUAUGAAAGGCCUUGACCUCAUUGCUAUUGCAUUCAAUGAUGCUUGUCACAAGUUUAAGUCUCUGGAACAUAUCGAUCGGAAUGAAUUAUUGGCACUGUUGUGUACCCCUGUUGUUCGCUUGAAACUUGGUGUGAGAGUCAGAGAGAACUCUUACCCAAAAUCUCCAAGGAAUAAUGUGCAUAGCAGGAUUAGAGGACAGAUGUGGCGUGAUCGAGGCCAAGCACCCAGCGCGAGAGGGUUUACUGGAACCAGAUCAGUCCAUGAAAAUCCACUAGCGAACACUACAGCACAUGAAACAGCAGUGCAAUACCACAACCAUGUGCAGCCGACAACAGUUCGGCAAACAGCCAUCCGCAAUCAAGUAACAAAUACUGCAGUGCAUCAGACCGCGCCUUACCAGAACCAUACUGCUCGACAGGUGUAUCCUACUUGGUCCCAGACAGCUGAACCCUACCAGAAUCAUAAUCAGCAGGUAUACGCUACUGGGUUUCAAACAGGGCCAUACCAAAGCCAUAAUCAAGUCCAUGCUUAUAGAGCAGGGUUGCCACCUGGAGGAAUAUAUGAGAUCCACAAUCAACAGGUGUAUAAUGCAGGGUUCCAAACCGACGGUCCGCACCAGAAUCAGCAGCGGCGAAAGGGAUACCCAUCAAACCAUCAGAAUAACAGGCUUUCUGCGACGGCAGCGAGGUACGAGCCCGUUCGUGGACAGUUUAACAACGGAUCGACAUGGGACUCAAGGUCCCAAGCACCGGGCAGUGCAGCUCUGCGAAGGUAGCCGUCAGCAUCUCAGGAGGAUAGUAGUAACAGGCAAAUCGGCUGGAUUUUGACUGCUGGGCAGCUCUUCCUUGUGUAAAAAAUUCUAGCACUUCUUUACUGGUGGACAACUCUUCCUUAUGUAAAAAUUGCUGUUAGCAGUCGGUUCGUAGUAUGUGUCAAUUAAUUUUUUUUAAGGUGUGAUUGGGUUUAUUUAUCGUGUCUCAGAAAUUCAUCGCCCUUCUCCGUAUGCUCACGUAUCAUGUAAAUAAAGUACAAUAGCUGGUCCAUGACACGCAGAAAUAUUCAUCAUGUAAAAAGCUGCCUCACGCCAUAUAUGAGCUUUUAAGAUUUUUUAGGAAUCAA